AAACUCUGGUCUAUGAAAAUUAAGUCAUCAGUGAAAGAAAAUGUCAAAAAUGAUCAAUAUCUUAUUAUUGAUUAUGUGUUUGGUGAUUAAUAGUACUAGCUAUAGAGAUCAUGGUAUGCAGAGUGGGCUGAAAGAUGAAGAUUUGGAAUUGGAGAGGCAACUAAAUAUCCUUAACAAAUCUCCUAUAAAGAGUUUUCAUAUAAAAUCAGGAUAUAUAGUCGAUUGUAUUGAUAUUAACAAACAACCUGCUUUUGAUCAUCCUUUAUUGAAAAAUCACAAGUUGCAGAGAAAACCAAUUUUUGAAAGAAAUAUUACUGAAAGAAGAAUUCAAAAUUCAUCAGAAAAGUCUAGAUUCAUUCUUGAGACAGUUAGGUGUCCUCAAGGAACUCAAGGAACAGUUCCUAUCCGAAGAACAACAAAAAAUGAUUUAAUUCAAGGCAAAUAUCUAUUCAAUGCUGAAAAUCUAACUCAAAAUAGUGCCCUUAAUCAUUUUGCUCGACUGAAUCUUAAACACGUAAGUGCUCCUUACUAUGGAGCUAGUGGAACUACUAGUGUUUGGAAUCCAAAAGUUUAUAAGGGUCAAUCAAGUAGCGGUAACUUAUAUGUUCUAAAUGGAGAAGGAGAUAAUCUUAAUAAAAUUUCGAUUGGAUGGCAUGUGUCUCCGCUAUUAUAUAAUAAUGGUGAAACUCAUUUAUACUCGUUCUGGGCGUCAGGUAAAAAUGGAUGUUUCAACAUGUUGUGCAAGGGUUUCAUUCAAGUUGACCGAACAUUUUAUUUGGGUUCACAUAUAUCUAAGACAUCUACCUAUGGAGGAGAUAUUUACGAAGUUCGGCUCCAAAUUUCUAAGGAUAAUACGGGCAAUUGGUGGUUAAAAGUUAGAGAUAAAGAUAUUGGAUAUUUUCCCGCAGCUUUAUUCUCCAUCUUGUACGAAGCUGAUCAAGUAGGAUGGGGUGGAUAUACAGUUACUCCUGCGGGUACUACUAGUCCUGCAAUGGGUUCCGGAUAUUAUCCUGAUGAAGACGUCACUCAUGCAUCUUAUUUUAAGUUUAUUAAAUAUCUAAAUAUAAUUAGAGAGCAUUACGAUCCUUUUCCAUUUAUGGUAGAUAGCUACAAUGAUGCUCCUAAAUGCUAUGGACUUACAAACUAUGAAGAUAAGAGAAAGGAUUUAGGAUAUUUUUUUCAAUUUGGUGGACCGGGUGGUAAUUGUAGAAGUUGACUACAGUAAACAGGUUUUGUUAUAUGUAAUAAAGAUUUCUAAUGAUAUGCAUUUGUCUUUUUAAAUAAA